UAAAAUAAUAACAAUAAUAAGUAUGUGUACAGUUUGACAUAUAAUACCCAUUGUAGUUUGUGGUACAAUUCAUACCGUUAAAAGCAGCAAGACCGAAAACAGUCCAAGAUACCGAAGGACACAAUAAACAAUUGACAAUUGACGAUUGAGGAAUAAUAAAAACUUCUUAAAAUAAAUUUUAGUCAUCGAUUAUUCUUCAGGUAAUUAUCCAGCCUCCAUUGCAAUCACUUAGUGCCAGCUAAUACCCAGCUAAGAAAAAUGUCGCUGUACCCGUCACUGGAAGACAUGAAGGUGGAUCAGAUGAUGAAGGCUCAGAUGAAACUCGAGCCUCAAUUCACUCCGAGUGCUCCCUCGCCGGUCUCAGUGAGCCCGUCAGCACCCGCGCUGACUCCUCCAGGGUGCGAUGAUCUCUCAGGACAACUGUAUCCCGCCCUCGGGGAUUACAUGGGACUCGAGUUGAGUCCUGAAGCUAUUGAGAGUAAUAUGCCAGAAUAUACAAUUGCAUUUCGUGAAUCGAUGGAAGUUAUGAAGCCGGACUCUGGAACCAUGAAUGGCAUGAUUGCGCCAUUGUCUAAAGAUUCAUUGGGAUUACAGAGAGCUCAAGUUUCUAAUGGAAUUCGUGAGUUGACUUUAUGCAAAGACAGUGAUGGAAAAAUUGGACUCCGUGUACACGAAGUAAACAACGGAAUAUUUGUAUGUCUCGUGAGCCCUGAUUCUCCUGCAGCAAAAGCUGGUUUACGAUUCGGUGACCAGAUCCUUGACGUCAAUGGAACUUCUGUGGCUGGUUACACCAUGGAUCAAGUUCAUAAGAUAUUCCGUAAUGCUCCGGUCAAUAAUAUUAAAGUUAUUGUCCGUGACAGACCAUUGGAAAGAACAAUCACAAUGCAUAAAGACAGCUCAGGUCAAAUUGGUUUCCAAUUUAAAGAUGGUAAAAUAAUAGCACUUGUUAAAGACUCGUCUGCUGCCCGCAAUGGUGUCCUUACUGAUCAUCAACUCCUGGAAGUUAACGGCAAGAACGUCAUUGGAUUGAAAGACAAAGAAAUAGUCGCCGAGAUAGCCAACAGCCCCAAUGUUGUCACAAUUACCGUAAUUCCUUCUUACAUUUACAACCAUAUGAUCAAAAAAAUGUCUGGCAGUCUUUUGAAGGCCAUGGACCACUCAGUGCCAAAUUUCUAGGACAAGCCUCGCCACCGGAGCACUAUUUUUUUACUUUUUAUGAUUUUAUCUCUGAUAAUUAUUUUGACUGUUUAUUUAUACGGCACAACUUUUUUACACGUAAUAAUUUCUUCCCUGGAUCUCUGAUCGAUUCCGCCAAUCAUUAUUCAAGUAAAGUUAUAAAUAUAAAUAACAACAUAUAAAUAUAAAUAUAUGUGCUAAACUGUUAUAACUACAAUAUUACUCAUAUAUAUUAGAUAACGUAUUUUGUUAAUAAAUAUUUUAUUACAGUAUAGUAGACGUAAGUCUAUAAAUAAAUAAUCUACUUUACGGUUAAUUUAUUAUAGACAAAGGAUUUUUAUUUAUUUAUAGACUUCAUCAGUUGAUUAUAAAAUAUCUCUACGUAUGAUAAUUAGACCUAUAAAUAUUCUAUAUUAAUGUUAAUUUUUUUUUUGUGACAAAUAAAAUUUUUUUAAAUAAAAUUUUUCUUAAUGAAAAAUUUCAUGUUUCAACAAGUAUUUUUAAUACCAAAAAUAAUCCUACCUAUAAAUAUAUCAAUAUCACAAUACUUACUCAUAUAUCUUUCCUCACAUUUAAGCCCAAUUAUUCAAGGUCUCAUUCAGGAUUUCUUCAUUUCAACACAAACAAUAGAAUCAAAAUAAACCCGAAGAGACAAUAAGCGUGUUACUUCAACUUAUACCUGGAAUUCCAAGUUAUUGCAAGGUGAUUAACAACUAAGGCUUGCCAAAAUGAAGAAGAAAUGGAUUUUUAUAAAUUUCUGAAAGACGACAACAUGAUAAAUUUCAAACCAAGUAAAAAAGAGACUCGCUCGGGUCCUUCGUACUUGAUGAGUGCCUACUCGCAGACGAUUGACAAAAUACUGGACAUGAACUUCAUAAAUUACCAGUUAACGCCGCAGGAAUUGAUGAAGAUCAACAACAGCGACACAGUGGCCAGUUUCUUGGCGAAGAAAUUGCACAAAAGUCACAAGAAGAAUAAAGUUACCCAGGCGAUGAUCUUCGACGCCGAGGUUAUACAAGACCAGCCGUUGAUGAAAGCAGACUUAAGGUUGUUUCGGGACAAGUCCAGGAUUUUCGACAGUUAUCGGGUUUGGAGGUUCAACCUGACUGUUUACAUGGCAGACUCUAGCGGCGAACGUAAGAAAUACUUUUAUGUUGAUUCAAAGAUGGUUGACCCGGAGUUCGAAGGGUGGAUAGUCUUCAACGUCACCGAGAGUUUCCAAAAGUGGAGGAAGCAUGACGAGUCUAAUGACGGCUUCAGGAUUAUCGGGAGGAUCAAGAAGAAUUAUUUCAAGAAGUAUAUUGCGGUUAAUCCUGAUUUUUUGGGCAUUGUGGGACUUGAUGGAGACCCGGACAAACAUCCUUUUGCGCUUGGACACUAUCACGGCUUGGUUGACAGCUUCUUGGAUUUUGAUUACCAAUAUCUUUAUCAGAAGAGACUUUCUAGGGAAGCGAAUAUUCAUGAUUAUGAUUAUGAAGAAAUGUACGUUGAUUUCAACUCGCUUGGUGUAUAUGACAAGAUGAUUUAUCCUGGGAAGAGAUCAAGGUGCAAGAUCAGGGAGGUUAAUCUAAACUUUAAGGAUAUCAGUAUGGAAUUUAUUGUGGCUCCUGUGGAGAUUCCCUUGAAUGAUUGUCUUGGACAGUGCAGUUAUCCUUUUGAUCAACGAGCUAAUGCUACUGAUCAUGCUAUCUUGAAGUCGCGGGAAAGUAUUUAUGAAGUUUCCAGGUUGCAAAAACCUGGUUGUACGCCGAUUAAGUAUGAAGAUAGGACGCUUUUGUACUACUUUAGUGAUAGUGUUUUUAUUAAGAGAGCGUUUAAAAAUAUGACAGCUAUUGAGUGUGGGUGCAGAUAGUUUUUGGAAUUU